UUUAUAGCACCUCGCUGGCACCAGACUUUUAUUGUGGAAUAUUUAGACGGAAAUAAGAAUUCAUUGGGAAAAGCAAAAUGUCUCUUCGGUUUGUGGUUCUGUUGCUCUUGCUGCAGUUUUGCACGAGUCAUCAGCACAACACACAACACGGAACAAACGUCCUGCUCGGAGAAGAGCACACAGGUGAAGUGGAGAAUCUGAGCCCCGCAGAGCAAAAGAAAAAAAUGCUGGAAAUUGUGCAGAGGAUCGAUGCAAAUGGAGAUAAACUUUUAAAUGCAGAGGAGAUGGCCGUGUGGAUCCAGCGUGUGUACAGGAGAUACGCCAUGGAGGACGCUGCAGAGAGGUUUCCAGAGUUUGACCUGGAUCACGACGGUCUCGUUUCAUGGGAGGAGUACAACACGGUGACCCACGGACACCUCAUCCCCCUGGACGACUCGCCGCUGGACGACCCAGAGCAGCAGUCUCUCAGACAACUCCACAGACGGGAGAAGCAGCGUUUUGACUUUGCAGACGGCGACGGUAACGCGGGCCUCAACGUGACCGAGUUUCUGGCCUUCACUCACCCGUCUGAAGUCGAUCGCAUGGCUGACUUUGCCAUUGAAGAUGUGUUACAUGAAUACGAUUUGGAUCAAGAUGGAUUCAUUAGCAUCAGUGAGUUUAUUGGAAAUGCUCGUGGUGAUGGUGAUUCUGUUUCACACUGGGAAAUGGAAGAGACAAUUCGUUUCAAAGACCUGUACGAUCAAGACAAAGACGGGAAGUUAAACAGAGAAGAACAGCUACGGUGGAUCGCGCCAAAUAGUUACGGUACAGCCAGAGAAGAGGCUCUGCACUUGAUCAAAGAAGUGGACCGCGACCUGGACGGACUCCUGUCGGUGGAGGAAAUACUGAGAAACCAGGACACGUUUAUGAACAGCGAAGUGACAGACUACGGGCGGCAGCUACACGUCACCCACGAUGAACUAUGAAAAACAAGUCAAACACGAGGGCACGCUGCCUCUGUGUGUGUGUUUUUUCACCGACGUGUAAAUGAAUGAAUAGACAAUGGUGAAUAUGAGCAGUAAAGUUCAGUGAGUGACACAGGGCUGGAGUAUCAUUAAAAAGUUUCCGAUACGAUACAUACCUCGAUACAAAGGCCACGAUCCAAUCCAGUCCAAUUUUAUUUGUAUAGCACAUUUUAUAAACAGGUCAACAAGUUUCCAAAGUGCUUCACAUAACAAUGUAAAACAUUUCACUUUAAAAAGUCAGUAGAAUUAUGUUCAGCAGAAUUAUGAGGACCUAAUAGCAAAAUUGAGAAUCUAACAGCAGAAUUAUGAGGACCUAACAGAAUCAGUAGAUAAAAGAAUAAUAAUAAAAUCAAUUAACAAAAAUAAUAAAAUCAGUAAAUAAAGGCUGUACUAAAAUAUAUAUAAAAUAGAAAAAAAUAAAAUAAAUAAAUAAAUAAAAGACACACAGUUAAAUAAACAAACCACACAAUUCACGUGGUGUUAAAAGCCACAGAAUAAAAGUGGGUCUAAGGACGAUACUUAAAACACUUCACUGUGGGUUCUGUUGGGACGUGGGGGUGCAGCAGAGAAGGUCCCGUCCCUCCUGGUUUUAAAGGGACAGUUCAGAAUUUUGGACAUAGGGUCUCAUUUCCUAGUGAGUACUGUAGGCGUGUGGAGACACUUUUUGAAAUAUUCCAUCCAGUCCUUGUAUUUGCAGAGGUCGCUGGUGCUAGACUCGUGCAUGUCAAUGGUCAUAGUUAUCCUGCCACUAAAAACAGUCUUACCCGCUCCACAAAACACCCGAGGCAAAUCUAUUAUUACACCAGACUGUCGAUGUAAAUGUCUGUGCUGAUAGAAUAAUGUUCGAAAUAAAUCUAACUUUGCAUCGCA